CACCUCCACCACCUUCAACCUCCUUUUGUUUAUAAGUCUCCGCCCCCACCAUCUCCAUCUCCUCCUCCUCCUCCAUAUGGCUACAAAUCACCUCCACCACCUGCACCUUCACCUCCACCAACUUAUAAGCCUUAUGUUUAUAAGUCUCCACCCCCACCAUCACCAUCUCCAUCUCCUCCUCCUCAUGUUUACAAAUCUUCCCCCCCCCCCUUCACCUUCACCACGACCUCCUUACGUUUACAAGUCUCCUCCACUACCUUCACGCUCACCUCCACCGCCUUAUGUUUAUAAGUCUUCACCCCCACCAUCUCCAUCUCCUCCUCCUCCUCCUCCUUAUGUCUACAAAUCUCCCCCACCACCUUCACCAUCACGACCACCACCACCUCCUUACGUUUACAAGUCUCCACCACCACUUUCACCAUCACCACCACCUCCUUAUGUCUACAAGUCUCCUCCACCACCAUCACCUCCUUCUUCUAAUAUCUAUAAGUCUCCUUCACCACCGUCACCAUCGCCACCUCUUGCUUAUAUUUACAAGUCUCCUUCACCGCCCUCUAAGCUUCCAACUCCCCUAUAUGUGUACAAGUCUCCACCACCACCACCAUCAUCAUCACCUCCUUCUCCUUAUUCUCCUUAUGCCUACAAAUCUCCACCACCACCCUAUAAAUCACCACCACCUCCUUAUGUCUACAAGUCUCCACCACCACCUUCACUAUCACCUCCCCCUCCAUAUACCUACAAGUCUCCACCUCCGCCCACUAAAUCGCCAACACCAUUCUAUGUUUACAAAUCUCCACCACCACCUUUGCCAUCCCCACCACCUCAUUACCACUACAAGUCCCCACCACCACCGGCCAUUGUCUACUAGAUGAAGAGAACAUUUACUUCACUAUUUAUCCAAGUUUGAUUGCUUACAUUUAAUGAAUGAAAUACCAAAAUUGAAGACUUGGAGGUCUUGCUCAGAGUAAUAAAAUAAUGGGCACCAGAAGAAAAUUGAGGUGGUCUACUUGAUAGUUCGAUUUUAUUAGCACGUGAAGAAAGGCUUAUUGUUUCUUUUUUUGGAUUCAAACAAAAAUGUAUGUUGUUUGGCCUUGUGAAGGAUUUGGGGCAUGGAGCCACGUAAUUGUUCAUUUAUGAAAGGCUCUUCUUGC